GCAACAGGCAGCGGCGGGCGAGCGCGAGGACCGCGCGUCGCGAGGCCCCGCGCCUGCGUGCAGCUUCUCGCUCGCUCGCGCGCUCCGGCGGGCGGGCUGAGGAGACGAGUCGAGCCCCCGCCGCCGCCGCCGCUGGGGGAGAAGCCUGGGCGUCCGCUUGUGGUCGCCUCGAUCCCUGUAACGCCCGCGCCCCUCACCCCCGGCCGGGCCAUGGCGGAACGCGGAGGGACGGGCGGUGGUCCCGGAGGCGCCGGGGGUGGGAGCGGCCAGCGGGGCUCUGGGGUCGCCCAGUCCCCGCAGCAGCAGCCAACGCCACAGCAGCCAACGCCGCAGCAGCCAACGCCCCCCAAGCUGGCCCAGGCCACCACUUCGUCCUCGUCCACCUCAGCGGCGGUCGCCUCCUCCUCCUCCUCGUCCACCUCCACUUCCAUGGCCGUCGCGGUGGCCUCGGGCUCCGCGCCUCCCGGCGGCCCGGGGCCAGGCCGCACACCCGCCCCCGUGCAGAUGAACCUCUACGCCACCUGGGAGGUGGACCGAAGCUCGUCCAGCUGCGUGCCCAGGCUGUUCAGCUUGACCCUGAAGAAACUCGUCAUGCUAAAAGAAAUGGACAAAGAUCUUAACUCAGUCGUCAUUGCUGUGAAGCUCCAGGGUUCAAAAAGGAUUCUUCGCUCCAACGAGAUCAUCCUUCCAGCUAGUGGACUGGUGGAAACAGAGCUCCAGUUAACCUUCUCCCUUCAGUACCCUCAUUUCCUGAAGCGAGAUGCCAACAAGCUGCAGAUCAUGUUGCAAAGGAGAAAGCGUUAUAAGAACCGGACCAUCUUGGGCUAUAAGACCCUGGCCGUGGGACUCAUCAACAUGGCAGAGGUGAUGCAGCACCCUAAUGAAGGCGCCCUGGUGCUUGGCCUGCAUAGCAACGUCAAGGACGUCGCCGUGCCUGUGGCAGAAAUAAAGAUCUACUCCCUGUCCAGCCAGCCCAUCGACCAUGAAGGAAUCAAGUCCAAGCUAUCUGAUCGUUCUCCUGAUAUUGACAAUUAUUCUGAGGAAGAGGAGGAGAGUUUCUCCUCAGAGCAGGAAGGCAGUGAUGAUCCUCUCCACGGGCAGGACCUGUUCUAUGAAGAUGAGGAUCUACGGAAAGUGAAGAAGACCCGGAGGAAACUCACGUCAACCUCCGCCAUCACCAGGCAACCCAACAUCAAACAGAAGUUCGUGGCCCUCCUGAAGCGGUUUAAAGUUUCAGAUGAGGUGGGCUUUGGGCUGGAACACGUGUCACGGGAGCAGAUCCGAGAGGUGGAAGAGGACCUGGAUGAACUGUAUGAUAGUCUGGAGAUGUACAACCCCAGCGACAGUGGCCCUGAAAUGGAGGAGACCGAGAGCAUCCUUAGCACUCCAAAGCCCAAGCUCAAGCCUUUCUUUGAGGGAAUGUCGCAGUCCAGCUCACAGACGGAGAUUGGCAGCCUCAACAGCAAGGGCAGCCUCGGCAAAGACACCACCAGCCCUGUGAGCAAGACCAAUGGCUAUGGGAUGGAAUUGGCUGCUCUAGAAAAAGUCAAAUCUGCUUGGAUUAAAAAUCAAGAUGACAGCUUGACUGAAACAGACACUCUGGAGAUCACUGACCAGGACAUGUUUGGAGAUGGGAGCACAAGUCUGGUUGUGCCAGAGAAAGUCAAAACUCCCAUGAAGUCCAGUAAGAUGGAUCUCCAAGGCUCUGCCUCGCCCAGCAAAAUGGAUGGGGUGCACACACCCCGGCAGAAGCGCAGCACGCCCCUGAAGGAGCGGCAACUCUCCAAGCCCUUGAGCGAGAGGACCAACAGCUCCGACAGUGAGCGGUCCCCCGAUCUGGGCCACAGCACACAGAUUCCAAGAAAGGUGGUAUACGACCAGCUGAAUCAGAUCCUGGUGUCGGAUGCGGCCCUCCCCGAAAAUGUCAUCCUUGUGAACACCACUGACUGGCAGGGCCAGUAUGUGGCGGAGCUGCUCCAGGACCAGCGGAAGCCUGUCGUGUGCACCUGCUCCACCGUGGAGGUCCAGGCCGUGCUGUCCGCCCUGCUCACCCGCAUCCAGCGCUACUGCAACUGCAACUCCUCCAUGCCGAGGCCAGUGAAGGUGGCGGCGCUGGGCGGCCAGGCGUACCUGAGCUCCAUCCUCCGGUUCUUCGUCAAGUCGCUGGCCAGCAAGACCUCCGACUGGCUUGGCUACAUGCGCUUCCUCAUCAUCCCCCUGGGUUCUCACCCUGUGGCCAAAUACUUGGGCUCAGUCGACAGUAGAUACAGCAGCACCUUCCUUGAUCCUGGCUGGAGAGAACUGUUCAGUCGCUCGGAGCCCCCAGUGUCAGAGCAACUGGACGUGGUGGGACGCGUGAUGCAGUACGUAAAUGGGGCGGGCGUGACACACCAGCUUCCUGUGGCCGAAGCCAUGCUGACCUGCAGGCAUAAGUUCCCUGAUGAAGACUCGUAUCAGAAGUUUAUCCCCUUCAUUGGCGUGGUGAAGGUGGGUCUGGUUGAAGACUCUCCUUCUGCUACAGGCGAUGGGGACGACUCACCGGUGGUCAGCCUUACUGUGCCCUCCACAUCACCGCCCUCCAGCUCGGGCCUGAGUCGGGAUGCCACUGCCACCCCUCCUUCCUCCCCGUCCAUGAGCAGUGCCCUUGCUGUUGUGGGGAGCCCCAACAGUCCAUAUGGGGACGUGAUUGGACUCCAGGUGGACUACUGGCUGGGCCACCCUGGGGAGCGGAGGAGGGAAGGUGACAAGAGAGACGCCAGCUCCAAGAACACCCUCAAGAGCGUCUUCCGCUCAGUUCAGGUUUCCCGCCUGCCCCACGGUGGGGAGGCCCAGCUUUCCGGCACCAUGGCAAUGACUGUGGUCACCAAAGAGAAGAACAAAAAAGUUCCCACCAUCUUCCUGAGCAAGAAACCUCGAGAAAAGGAGGUGGAUUCUAAGAGCCAAGUCAUCGAAGGCAUCAGCCGCCUCAUCUGCUCCGCCAAGCAGCAGCAGACCAUGCUGAGAGUGUCCAUCGACGGAGUCGAGUGGAGUGAUAUCAAGUUCUUCCAGCUGGCGGCCCAGUGGCCCACCCAUGUCAAGCACUUUCCAGUGGGACUGUUCAGUGGCAGCAAGACCACCUGAGGGCACUGUCUUCUGGCCACUCUCCCUCCUGGCACUGCCACCAGCCUCGCCGCCUGCAGGCAGGGGGAGGCCAGCAGGCCUGGGCCCAGCACCCCCUUUCCUGGCCCUGGGGUCACAUCUCCCUUGCCCAGUCCUGAGGGACACUGCCGCUGGGGUCACUGCCUCCCCCGCCCCACAGCUCAGUCCCCCCUGGGCAACCCCCUCCCUCCCUCUUGUCCCUUUCCUCCCCUCCCUCCUGCUCCAGGCCCGAGGCAUGUUGAUUUUGCCUUCUGGCACCAGUCCCUGGAAUUGAGUCCUCCGGUCUUUCCUUCCCCUGACUUCCAAACUCUUUCCCCACGUGGCACCUUGGCACCAUGGCACCAGUUCCCUUCGUGGAAAUAGGAAACCUGGAAUCCUGGCCCACAGCGAGGAGUCUAGCCUUCCCCCUUCCUUUUAUACAGCCCAGCUGCUGGAUGGACAUGUCCCAGCCUGAGCCCACGGGACCCCUCCGUCCGCAGUCACAGGGGCUGCUCCCACCCUUCCCCCACCCUAGGGCGGUGUUCUGCGGCCAUGCUGUGUAUUUCUGUGAUGGAGGGGCCUUCCUGGUCUCUCCCGCGCACAACCUGCUCACCACCGCCAGGUCCCCUGUAGAUGUUGCGUGUGUCCUCAGCGUUUCAUUGGUUCUCUGCACAGCCAGUCUCUUGGUCGGUCCAUGUGACGCACCUGGGCACUGGUCCCUGUCCUUGUGGCUCCCCCUUGUUGAUGAUUCUCCUCCCUCUUCGUCCCAUCCCUCCACCCAGCACAGCUCUGUCUCUUCCUGAAAUUCUGGAUUCUGGGGAGAUGGGAGACAGACCUCCACCAGUGUGUUGUCUGGCCCCCCAGCCCCUUCACCUCCCUGUUCCCACC